CGGAAAACCAACGUGUGCUGAAGUCAGUCACAUGUGCGCUAGUUCCCAGCAGCAUGAGAGACACAUGUACUCAGGCAACUUUCGUAAAUUAGAGCUAAACAUUUUCUGAGUGUCCUAGAGAAGAUCGGAAUAAGCGCAAGAGCGUGUUUUUGUUAAACAAGCAACUUUGUAGGUGUCAAUCAUGGGCAGAAAGUUGGACCCCACCAUCAAGGUGAAAAGAGGACCUGGACGCAAGACCAGAAAACAGAAGGGAGCAGAAACUGAGCUGACCAAGUUUUUGGUUGAUGAGGAUGGGCCAAAAAAACUUUCAAGCAGAGCGAGAAAACGAGCUGUAAAAAGAGCUCAAGUAACUAAAGAACCCAAACAAGAGGAAAAGCCUAAGAAAGGAUUCUCAGAUGAGAAUAGUAAAUGGCUAAAACCAACUCCGAGGAAGCGAAAGAUUGAACAAUCUGAAGAAGAUGAGGACAGUGACAGCCAAUGGGAAGAAGAAGAAGAUGAUGAUGAUGAAGAGGGCUUUAAUAACAAGGAAAUGGAGGAAAAGGACGAUGACGAUGAAGAUAUGGUUGAUGACUAUGGUGCUGAUGAAGGGGAUGAUCAAGACAGCGAUGGAGAAGAGCUUCUGCCAAUUGAGAAAGCUGCAAGAAAACAGAAAAAACAAACAAGCAUGAAACCAGAGAGUGAUGAUGAUGAUGACGAUGAGGAUGAAGAAGAGGAGGAAGAUGAUGAUCAGGAAAAGGAAGAUGAGGAUGAAGAGGAUACUGUACAGGCAAAUAUUGAUGAAACUGAACAAUUCAAACUCCCAGGUGCAGCAGAUAGAGCAAAGGAGGGUCUUUUACCGAUGGACCUACAGACCAUCCAUCAGAGGAUCAAAGAUAAUGUGGAUGUGCUGUCUCACUUCACUGAGAAGAGAGAAGAGGGCAAGGAGAGAUCGGAGUAUCUCUCUCUGCUGCGCUCUGACCUCUGCACCUACUACAGCUACAACGAGUUCCUCGUCAGCAAACUCAUGGACAUUUUCCCGCUCUCUGAGCUGAUUGAUUUUCUUGAGGCCAAUGAAAUUCAGAGGCCGGUCACCAUCAGAACCAACACCCUAAAAACCAGGAGGAGAGACUUGGCUCAGGCUCUGAUUAACAGAGGAGUGAACCUGGAUCCACUGGGGAAAUGGUCCAAAGUGGGCCUGGUUAUCUAUGACUCUUCUGUUCCCAUAGGAGCAACUCCUGAAUAUCUGGCAGGCCAGUACAUGUUGCAAGGUGCAUCAUCGUUUCUGCCUGUAAUGGCGCUUUCGCCCCAGGAGGGGGAGUCAGUGCUAGACAUGAGCGCCGCUCCAGGAGGCAAGACCACAUAUUUGGCUCAGCUCAUGAGGAACACGGGCAUGAUUGUGGCUAAUGACGCAAAUGCAGACAGACUGAAGAGCGUGGUGGGAAACAUCCAUCGUCUCGGUGUCACUAACGCUGUCAUCUGCAACUAUGACGGCAGACAGUUCCCCAAGGUCUGCGCUAUCCUUUUUUCCUGUUCUGUCCUGGUUUUUUUCUUUUUGGAUGAGGCUGAUAUUCUUCGCUCGGCUCACCUGCAGAAGGAGCUCAUCCUGUCUGCUAUCGACUCUGUCAAUGCUGAUUCUCCAACUGGUGGAUACCUUGUUUACUGCACAUGCUCUAUUAUGGUAGAGGAGAAUGAGUGGGUGGUGGACUACGCUUUGAAGAAGAGAAAUGUAAAGCUGGUCCCCACUGGACUAGACUUUGGCAACGAGGGAUUCACCAGAUUCAAAGAAAGACGUUUCCAUCCCUCUCUCAAACUCUCUCGCCGAUUCUACCCUCACUCCCACAACAUGGAUGGAUUUUUUGUGGCCAAGCUAAAGAAGCUGUCUAACACCAUCCCCACUGCCCAAAAAGAAACAGAAGAUGAAGUAGAAUCUACAAAAACGGAGACCGCAGCCUCAUCCGAGCAGAUCCAGAAACCAGAAUCUAAGCAACAGAAGCCCGCUUCAACUCCAGAGAAAAGCAACAUGGGCAAGAAGCAGAAAUUAAAACAGAAGAAAUCUGAGCCGCCCAUCAUCACGAAGAAAGCCGGAGUGAAAUCUGAGAAUAAAAAAUCUGAUGGUCCCAAAAAGGCCAAAAUUCCUAAGUUGGAUGGUGAAGCAUCCAAAAAGAGUGAGAAACCUGACGAAAAGCAGAAGGUAAAGGAACUGAAUGGAGAUUCAAUAAAAGAGGCAGGGAAGGAGACGAAAGAGAAAAGCCAGUUGGAGAAGAAGAAAAACAAAAUGAAAAGCAAGAAAUUGUUGAAGAAGAAUAAAGACAGAAUGGGGAAAAACAAGUUUAGGAAGUUAAAAAAUGUGCUUGGACAACAAGAAAGUGGACCGUGAAAUUCAGUCUCGUGUCGCAGUGAAUUGACAUGGACCUGUAUGCUCAGGACUGGGAUCUGUCAUUGGUUUGACACGAGACAGGAAGUUAAAUCAAUCCCAACAUGCUGUUAGGGACUCAAAGAUGAUCUUUUAGAAAUGUACACAAUGAUUUUGUGUAUCUAUCUUGCUUCCCAAGACUUUUGUCCACCUUAUUGUAAUCGCUUUACUGUGAGGAUUACUUCAAUCUUGUGUUAUAAAUCUUACAAAUGUAUAUUUCAUUGUCCGUUUUUAUGGAUUUUGUUUUGAAAAAGAAACAUUUAACUGAAAUACUGCAAAGGAGUGAGUAUGUGGUCUGUUUUUCUGUCACCUAUUAAAAAGAAAGCCUAUUGAAAAA